CAGGUAUUUGUGCCCAGGUAAUGAGCCUUAUAGGCUUUCAGGCUGUAAGAAAAGCAGGUGAUCCGUCACUACAGCUACGGGAGCAGUAGUUAACAGGGAUCACACCGCUCAGGGAUCAGGCUACCUAAACGCCUGCAGCUUGUCCUGUUUCGCACUGCUGAGGUUCUCAUCCGCUCAUGUGAUGCAGUCACUCACCAAAGAAAUUAAAUCAUUCUCCAAAACCAAUCUGCGAAAGCAAUGCACCCGUGUGACAACUCUGAGCGGGAGGCGGAUUAUUGAAACAUGGAAAGGAUCCAUUAUCCAGGUGGUUGAGGACACGGUCCAACCUGAGACGCCCUGCGGAUACAUUCAGGAUAAUACGUGGGAUCUCCAAGUGGGAUAUAUUAAACCAUAUUUAUUACUGGGUUCACAGGAUGCUGCUCAUGACUUCGACACUUUAAAGAAGUACAAGGUUACUCAUUUACUGAAUGUGGCGUAUGGUGUCGAAAACACUUUCCCGGAUCUCUUCAUCUAUAAAACCCUGAGCAUAAUGGAUCUACCUGACACUGACAUCAUAUCACACCUACAUGAGUGUGCACAGUUCAUAGACCAGGCCAAGGCAGAGAAAGGUGUAGUGCUCGUCCACUGUAACAGUGGUGUGUCUCGCUCGGUCUCUGUGGUCAUCGGAUACCUGAUGUGCAGAGAAGGCCAGUCAUUCGAUGAUGCAUUUUCUCAGGUGAAGUCAUCCAGGGCAGCGGCGUGUCCGAACCCGGGUUUCAUUGAACAGCUGAAAAACUUCAAACCCCAAAGCGAUUUACAAGCAAAUCGUCUGAUUGGUCAACCAUAAAUCCUCUGAUUCUGUGCAUGUGUUAGGUGUAAAAGCACCAGUGCUUCCAAUAUGAUGAGGUUUCUGACAUGGCCAUCACCAUGAAAAUCAUGAUCUUCUAUACAGUAUAUAUUCACACAUAAAUAAAUGUACACAAGGUACUUCAAAGUAAAAGCAAAUAUAGUGUCUAAAUAAUAAAAGGAAAUUCCUUAUAACACCAGCUGAAUUAAUCUUUAUAUGUAAACCUUUUAUUUUCCAAACCAAAUUCUAAACUUUUCCAUUUGUAAUGGGAUCAGAUUCAUGCUUUUUUA